AUGUCCUCCUUAGUAGAACCAACAUGGCAAACCCGCAGUAAACAAUAUCGAGAUUUCGCUGCCGCGAAGAUCCCCGAGGCGUGGCGACUCGAUGCAAAGUGGACAGCAGACGUCGGACCCGAAUCUUCUCAAAAUGUCCUUGCAAUACCCGGACAAUCCCGUCUCAUGACAGACCAAGAACUCCACAUCACCGAAGCCUACGACGCCGUUGCACUCCUCGAAAAGCUAGCCAGUGGCGAGCUGAGCUCCGUCGACCUCACAACUGCUUUCUGCAAACGAGCCGCCAUAGCCCAGCAGCUUACCUUCUGUCUGACAGAAACGUUCUUUGACCAAGGGAUCGAGAGAGCAAGAUACUGCGAUGCAUACCUCGCCGAGCACAAGAACCCCAUCGGACCUCUUCACGGCCUACCAAUCAGUAUCAAGGACAGUUUCAACGUCAAGGGGAUAGCUAGCUCCAUCGGCUUCGUCUCCUUCCUCGACCGUGAUCCGGUGCAAAACGACUCAGCUCUAGUGAAAGUCCUGCUUGACCUCGGAGCAGUACUCUACGUCAAGACGAACGUACCACAAAGCCUGAUGACACCUGACUCCGAGAACAACGUCUUCGGUCGCACUCUGAACCCCAAUAAACUCUGCCUUGGAGCCGGUGGAUCAAGUGGCGGCGAAGGCGCGCUCGUGAGGUUCAAAGGCUGUCCUAUAGGCGUAGGGACAGACAUAGCUGGCUCCAUCCGGAUUCCAGCUUAUGUGAACGGGACAUUCGGGCUACGACCGACGGCGAGGCGGAUACCGUAUGGAGGGCAGACGAGUCCCGGCCGACCAGGUGCAUUUGGUGUCCUACCUGUCGCCGGCCCACUGGCGAGGAGUCUACGAGAUAUCAAGACGUUCAUGAAAGCAGUCCUAGAGUACGAAUGCUGGAAGUACGACAGCGCUAUCAUCUCAACUCCAUGGCGCAGUCCGAGCACCUCUACCACGAUCGACGGUCAGAAAAGUCAAAGCCUAAAGAUCGGCUACCUCCUCGAAGACCCCCGUCUCCCACUCCACCCCACCGUCCUCCGCACAAUGAAAACCGCCAUAGCUCAGCUCGAGAAACCCGGAACCCACACGCUCCUCGACCUCUCCUCCCAAAUCCCGGAAAAUACAAUCAACGUCGCGAUGAAAUCAGGGUUUACAUCCUUUCUCAUGGAUCCCGACAACACUUCCUCCAACCAUAUCAAAGCCUCUGGCGAGCCAGUUGUCGCUUCCUUCGCCAUGGCGUCGAUGCCUGAGUUGAAGGAAUUCAAGCCUGAUUUACAGGAUGUCUGGCGCCUGAAUGUUGAGCGAGCACAGUACCAGGCUUUGUUCAGAGACUUGUUUGUCAACAACGACUUGGACGUCUUACUCAUGCCCGUGCAUUGUUCUACGGCUGUGAAGCAUGAUCUGUACGGACUACCGAUCUAUACCAUUCUAGGGAAUUUGAUCGAUCAUCCGGCUACCACGCUACCAUAUCUCAAAGCAGAUAAGAAGCUUGAUGCCGAGUACAUUCGAGACGUCAAGUACACGCCAGCAUACGAGCCCAACACGAUCGAAGGAGCGCCCUGCGGCAUCCAACUGAUAGGCCGCCCAAUGCGAGAUGAAGAGCUACUCGUCCACUCCCAGAUCAUCGCGGAUUCGCUUGGUAUCCAACCACUCUAG